AUUGGAUACUUGACAAGGACUCACGUGCACAACCUCCCUCCCAUCCUCGCAUACAAGAAAUGGCCACCUGGCUCCUCCACAUGAACAGUGACUACAAGCCUCUUGGGCAACUAUGGGUACCCCAUUUCAUCAACCGCAACCCACGUGUCGCAUCUAUAGUUGGCCAGAUGAUUGAGAGCGCACGUACUACAGCAGCAAACUACGAGACAAUCCGCGCCUUUCUUUAGCUGUUUGAGCGGACGAGAGUCGAACUAGGCAUACAGUAUGAAGAUACGUGGAAUAUGGAUGAGACUGGGUGCGCACUAGGGGUAUGUACAAACACCCAGGUACUUGCAAGCUCUGUGAAAAAGAAGGCUUAUAUCAAACCUCCAGAGGAUUGUGAGUGGGUAUCAAUCAUCGAGACAAUAUCUGCCACCGGCAUCAAGCUUCAAUGCCUAGUCAUCUUCAAGGGCAAGCAUCUACAAUCCAC